CGGAAACUUCCCCAAACGGAAAACCCUCGAACACGGUGGAACCACUUCCAACACAUUAAAGCCCGGAGACUGGCCCUCAUCGGCCAGUAGUGCCUAGGUCACUGAAGGCAGCUCAACUCCGAUUCUGAAGCAUUAUCUAAACUUGUUUGAAAGCUGGUAUAAAACUGUUGGAAAAAAUGCUCUACUAUGUAAUAUUGAUGUUAUUCCCGAUCUCCAUAGCUACUAAUGCACCCAAAGUACUAACUGUUAAUGGAAAAAAUAUGGAACGACAUAAUAUAGCAGGUUACACAGCAUACAAUUUCUAUUAUUCAAAAAUUGAAUCAAUUCUAAAUGAAAACAUCCUAGAAACUUACAACUUUGCUUUACAAUACAAUCGGACGUUUGCUGGAGUCAUACUUUCUCAAACAACACCUGAAAGGCUCUUGUUUUUGCAGUUGCUAUAUUCAUUUGAAGAACAAAAUUUAGACUUUCAAUGUCUUUUCUAUCGUUUGGCCAAAGAGCUUCCUAUUAGAAAUUCCAGGAAUUUUAAGUUGUGGUUGGAGGAUAAUUUUAAUUUUCCUCCUAAAAAAGUAUUUGAAAUGGUUCGUUUCAUUGCAACAAAUAAUGUUUCUUUAACUAAACAUUUUAUAGAACAGAUUGUUUAUAUGUCUACGAGUUACAAAGUUAAUGAAAUCGCUCUCGCCAUUGGAGAUCAUAAAGUACUUCAAUGGUUAUUAAAAAAUGGUGCAAACAUUCAAUCUGUUGAAGAAAAUAUCCUGGAAAAUGCUUGGAAAACUGGCGAUAUAGAUACUGUAACACUAUUACUGGAACAUAGUAAGACAAAUUAUCUACAAAUAACAAAGGAUAUUGUCAAUGAUCUAUUUAAAAAUAAUGAAACACUUUUACAUUUUGCUGUCAAACGGGGCUUGCAGCAAAUGGUUAAGUACCUUGUGACAAAUCUGGAUGCAAACAUUGACUCUAAAGAUAUAUUUGGUCGAUCACCAUUGUUUCGAGCUGUUGAAUCAAAUAAUACUGAUAUAGUAGAGUUGUUGAUUACUUUAGGUGCUGAUACAUCGAAAGAAAAGCUGUUAACCCUGGCAAUCAUAAAUAAUCAAUUGGAAAUGGUUAAGAUUCUAAUUAAGUUAAACAUUACUGCAGAUUUGUCUGAUAAUACUGGUCAAAGUCCAUUUUUUCUUGCAGUUGAAAGAAAUAAUGAUGAAAUAUUAAAAGUCCUUGCAAUUGUUGGAAGAAAAACUUUGAAUUCAACAAAUGAAUUUGGUGAUACACUGAUGCAUGUUGCUUCAUCAAAUGGAUUCAUAGAAAGUGUCAGAGUUCUUAGAUGCCUUCAGGUAGCUUAUGAUUCAAAAAAUAAUUUUGGUCAAACACCGCUGUACAAAGCGGUAGAAAAUGGUAAUUUAGAGAUAAUAAAAGAGUUGAUUGAAGCCGGUGCUGACAUUAACACCCAAACAGAUUCAAAAGAUACACUAAUGCACCUUACUGCUGCUAAAGGAAAUAUUGAUAUAGCUAAAUUACUCAUAAAGAAUGGCAUCAAAAUAGAGGUGGAAAACAGCAUUGGGCAAGUUCCUAUUUAUAAAGCAGCUCAGUCAGGAAAACUUGAAAUUAUAAUGCUUCUAGUAAGAGAAGGUGCAGAUAUUUACAAAAUGAUCAAUGGUGAGAGUAUGUUACAUAAAGCCGCAAGUGAAGGUGAUACAAAUGCAGUGAUCAACCUGAUUAACAGUGGUUUUAGAAAAAUUGACAUUAUUGAUCCUUUGAAUGUAACUCCGCUAUAUUUAGCUGUUAAACAUGGUCAUUUAAAAGUUGCUGAAACACUCCUGAAAAGAGGAGCUGAUCCGAAUGUACGUAAUAAAGACCUUUGGACUCCAUUGCACCAGGCUGCUGUUGCAGGCCAUGAUAGCAUUGUCAAACUAUUGUUGUCCUAUUCAGCUAAUGCUGAUUUGGAAAAUAGCGAAGGUCAAACACCACUGGGAUUGGCUAUUGCCCACAAGAAGGGGAAGGUUGUAGUAACAUUAAUAAGGUACAAGGCCUAUAAUCAGGUAGAGCUACUGACUGAAAAGAAAUAGACAGAUAUUUACAGGCCAAGAGAACUGUUUGUGUGUGAUGUAAUGUUUUAAUGACAUACAUAGAUUGAUGCAUAAUUGUUUUAGCAUAGACUAAAUUUGUGUUAAUAAUUUGGUUUUGUUUUUCUAAUUAUCACAAAUUCCCAAUUUAUUUUAAUUAAUUUUAAAUUAAAUGUACUAAUGUAAUAUUAGUGACUUUAAUGCUGAUCAUAACUUAAGUCUUUGCCUUAUUGUUACAAUCUAUUAAUAAAAAUAGUGAUAUCUUACUCUUUUGGAUAACAAAUGUCACAUAUCAAACCUAAAAUCUUUGGGCUAUGUACUCAAUUUACCAUCUCAUUUUUCUCUGUAAUGUGUAUUAUAUAU